AUGGCGCUGGCGGGCCCGAGGCUGGUGCUGUGCGAGGACAGGAUCCGGGAGAAGAGCGGCCUGGGGCCGCGCCGCGACCUGGCUGAGCUUCGGUCAUUAUCUAUUCCUGGAACUUACCAAGAGAAGAUUACUCACCUAGGAAAUUCUUUGAUGAGUCUAACUGGUCUAAAAUCUUUAGAUCUCUCACGCAACUCCUUGGUUAGUCUAGAGGGCAUUCAGUAUCUGAUUGCAUUGGAAAGUCUCAAUCUCUACUACAACUGUAUUUCCUCGUUAGCAGAAGUAUUUCGGCUCCACUCCUUAACUGAGCUCAUGGAUGUAGACUUCCGGCUAAACCCUGUUGUGAAGAAUGAGUCUGAUUACCGCCUGUUUGUUGUGCACAUGCUCCCCAAGCUCCGACAGCUAGAUGACCGUCCUGUGAGGGAGAGCGAGCGGAAGGCUUCUCGGCUGCAUUUUGCUUCAGAGGAUUCACUCGACUCAGAGGAGAGCUUCCCGGCUGCUUUGAAAGUUGGAAGACCUAGCCACUCCAGAGCCGGGCGCACUGAUGCCUCCGCGAAGUGCCUGGUCAUGGACGCAGACGACGAGGCGGUCCUGAACCUCAUUGCCGAGUGUGAGUGGGACUUAAGCAAUCCUCCUGGGAGCACAAGCUCCAGCCAGAAGGAUCACGAGGCCAACUUCCACAGUUCCCAAGAAUCCAGACAUCUGUUGAGUCCUCAGUCCAUGCAGCACCAGUGUGGGGACUCCAUAAAGAGGGGCCAUGAGAAAAGGAAAAGCAGCUCCAGGGGGUGCUGUCCAGAGAAGCAACAUCAGAACCAUUACUGUGGGGAGGAGCCUGAGGCCUACUGCUCGUACAGGCCCCACGCUCACUUCACCCCUCACCCAGACUCUAUGGAUAUUGAGGACUCGACAGCUUCUUCUUCUCAGAAGUCGAGUUUGUCUACACAAAAAACAUUAAAUCCUUUGCCUGUUCCUGAAAAGUACAGGAAGCGUAGGGUUCCAGGUGGAAGAUUCCAGGCACCUUCGGACCAGGAAUGUCUGAGCUGCUUAGAGAGGACGAAUGGGCCCUCCAGCCCUGAGGAGAGUCUGAGCAGACAGAGUGUCUCAGAAGGCAGGAGUGAGAGGACCUUUUCUCACUCUGAGACAUCUGCUGCUGAAGAACAGAGGUCUCACGGCAUGAACAGCACCGAAGAGCUAUCUCCCAAAUCACACUCUGCAGCCCUGCCUGGGAAGAAGGCCGCCCAGGAGGUGGUGCUCUUGGAGGCACUGCUGGACCUGGUGGACAGGUACUGGAGUGGUUGCAAGUCCCUGCAUGACAACGAUGUGUUCCUCGCUCAAGCAAGACACAUUUUGUCAUCUAUUCAAGAAUUUACAGCAACUCAGGACAGUUCAGCAACUGUGAACGAAGAAAUGAGAUGCCUGACUCUUGAAAAUAAGUCUUUGCAAAGUCACCUGGCUGAGCAACAGCAGCAGUAUACCGUGAAGCUAAGCGAGGCAAUGUCAGAACUCAGCGCCACACGGAAGGACGUGGAUGACUUGAGACACCAUUUAGACAAGUCUUUGGAGGAGAAUAGUAGCUUGAAAUCCCUUUUAUUCAGCAUGGAAAAAGAAGUAAAAACUGCAGAUGCUUCAGCUACACUGAAUUUGCAGAUCUCUGGACUUCAAACAAGUGUGAAGAGGCUGUCUGGAGAGAUUGUGGAGUUAAAGCAGCACCUGGAACACUACGACAAGAUCCAGGAGCUCACCCAGAUGCUGCAGGAAAGCCACAGCUCCCUGGUCAGCACCAACGAGCACCUCCUGCAGGAGCUGAGCCAAGCGCGGGCACUGCACAGGGCUGAGGUGGAGCAGAUGCACUGGAGCUACCAGGAGCUCAAGAAGACCGUGGCCCUGUUUCCGCACUGCAGCACCAGCUGCGGUGGCCCUCAGGCCUGUUGACUCCUGCGAAGAAGCCAUUUGCACCUUUGUGUUUCUUUAACUGUGUAUCUGCUGGUGAGAGUUAUCUCUUCUGUUUGUAAUUAUGAUAUGUGAGAUGUAUUCAGGGCUCAUAGCUGAGUUUUCUAAAGCAUCCUAAAAUGAUAGGAUUAAUCUAAGCCCUUUGCAAGUUUUGAGAUAGAACACAUUCACAUAUUUUGAGACAAAUAGACAAUUACUUUUUCAUCAAAUAUCCUGAGAUGAAGUAAAUGCAGUGUUUUUCUGCCUACUGUGAAAGAGAGCUCUAUGUAUGAUAAAAUAAUUUUUCAUGUAACAAGCAGUCUUUAUUUGAUGAACCAAUGUAUUGUGAAAAGUUAACUUUUUAAAUGGCUCUUUAUAACUGAAUUUCUCAUUGAAUUCUUUUACAAAACAAGCUACACACUAUGGUAGGUGAGCAGGAAUAAAAGAAGUUCCAAGACUUAAUAAAUAUAGUACUUGCAGAUGUGGAAAACAUUUAAAAAUAGUGUUUUAUGAUAUUAUCAAAUCACAGUGAAAAUGUCUACCCAAGCCCUACCUCUCACUUGUUUGCAGUAUAUUUCUGAAAAUUAUGUCAUAGUAAGACAUAAAACUAGAUUUUUUAGUUUAGAAACUUCAUAUCUUAUAUAAUACUUGCUUUAAUUGGUAAAACAAGAUAAUUUUCUAAAUCAAUAUUUAAUUGAUUUAGGAAGAAUGAGUAAGCCUAAGAAGAAAAUGCUGUGUACUAGCUGUGUGUGUGUGUGUGUGUGUGUGUGUGUGUGUGUGUGUGUGUGUGUGUGUGUGUGUGUGUGCACGUGCAUGCGUGUGUUAGGAUUACAUCACUGAGGAAAUCAGAGAUGGGACUCAGCUCUCUCUCCUUCAUCAGAGGAAUCACUGGUCUUCAGGUUGCCUUUUCUGCCGCUUCUGUCUGGUUAUGGUUGUGCCAGACAGUUUUCAUAACAGCAGGAAAAUGUGUCAUACCAAAUCUAUUUUUGGCAUGGUGGGGGGGUGGGGUUCUUUUAUCAUCAGAUCAUUUAUUUAUUUAAAAUAAUUAAACGAUUUUAAUAUUAAGC